ACUAAUGACAGAUACUUGAGCACGCAGAAAUAAUAAUAUAGCAAUAAUUAUACUUGCCCUGGAUUUGAUCGAUACGAGCUAUGGCUGCAGGGCAGCUUGGCAGUUUGUAGAUAUAAUUAGGAUUUAGAAGAUCGCCAGCAACGACCUAGAGCGUCGUCUGAAGAAACACAAGUACCAAAGGCACCCAAAAAGCUAGCAAAAGAGAGAAAUUAAUUCCAUAACCAUAAUGGGAUUAUAUUUAAAUAUACUGGCUUUGAUUCUUGCUGUUCUGCUUGGAACCUAUGUUUUCGUGUUUGGUUUUCUUAAGAAAAUAAACGAAUGGCGCUAUGUUAGCAGUUUGGGAGAGAAGAAACAUUCCCUUCCUCCAGGCGAUAUGGGAUGGCCUAUCAUCGGCAACAUGUGGUCUUUCCUCAAAGUUUUCAGGUCCAACGACCCUGACACCUUCAUCUACAACUUGGUUAAAAGGUAUGGCCGAACGGGUAUGUACAAGACCUAUUUGUUCGGAAGUCCAAGCAUCAUAGUUUCUAUCCCGGAAACCUGUAGGAAAGUGUUGGCAGACGAUGAACAAUUUGGAUUGGGUUACCCAUUAUCCACAAAGCAAUUAACGGGGAAAAAAUCGUUUCACAGCAUUCCAAAUUCCGAACACAAGCGUCUUCGCAGGCUAACAACAGCCCCAAUCAACGGCCACGAGGCACUGUCCAUGUAUAUUGGAUACAUUGAGGAGAUCGUGGUUAAUUCUUUGGAUGAAUGGUCUAGCAUGAAAGAGCCGAUUGAGCUGUUGAACGAGAUAAGGCAGUUCACUUUCAAGGUCAUCACCCAUAUCUUUCUUGGCUCCACUGCUGAAUCAGUUAUGGGGUCCGUUGAGAAGCGGUAUGCUGACUUGACCUAUGGUAUGAAAUCUGCCGCUAUAAAUAUUCCUGGCUUCGCUUUCUACAAAGCUCUCAAGGCAAGGAAGAUGUUGGUUAAGAUCCUACAAGGAGUGCUGGAUGAGAGGAGAGUCAAUGACCCAAAUGGAAAGAAAGGAAUGAUUGAUCUGCUUAUGGAAAUUGAAGACGAGAAUGGGCAGAAAUUACCGGAUGAGGAUAUAAUCGAUUUACUGCUCAUGUUCUUGUUAGCUGGGCAUGAAAGCUCAGCUCAUGUAGCUAUGUGGGCAAUCCUUUAUCUUCAUAACAAUCCAGAAAUACUAAAAAAAGCUAAGGAAGAGCAGGAAGAAAUCCUAAAGAACAGACAAAGUACAGAGAAGGGUUUGACUUUAAAGGAUAUCAGAGAAAUGUAUUAUCUUCAAAAGGUUAUUGAUGAGACACUGAGAAGGGCGAGUGUCUCCUUUUGCAACUUUCGUGAGGCAAAAGUUGAUGUUAACAUCAAUGGUUAUUUGAUACCGAAAGGUUGGAAGGUUCUGGUUUGGAAUAGGGGUGUUCAUAUGGACCCUCAAGUUUAUUCAAACCCCAAAGAGUUCCUCCCUCAAAGAUGGGAGAACCAUCAACCCAGAGCAGGAUCAUUCCUUCCCUUUGGAGCAGGAAGCAGGAUUUGCCCUGGAGCUGAUCUGGCCAAGCUUGAGAUCUCCAUUUUCCUUCAUUAUUUUCUCCUUAACUACAAGCUUGAACAAAUUAAUCCAGGAGGACCCAUUGUGUAUUUACCUCUCCCAAGGCCCGUGGACAACUGCCUUGCAAAAGUCAUGAAGAUCGAAUGAAUUCGAUCAACCACGAUGCAAACAAUCUUCAUGUUUAUCUUAUUUUCCUCCAAUUUAGAUUAGGAUAGUUUCCUCCGUGUUGUACUUUGAUGUUGCAUGAGACAAAAGCUCCCCACGAUCAUGUCCAUGAAACAUGAACGUAUCAUUGAUCAUACCAAGAAAUUUUAGUUA